UCAAAAAGUUACUGGCGAUUGUCAUUUCAGGCGCAAAAAGAUAUAACCAAACAUUUUGUUUAAAUUUUAGCAAUUUAAUUAAUUAUAUUAUUUUUCCUAUUAAAACACCUAAAAAAGAUUAACAAAAUGAGUGCAUUGGAGCAUACAAUUGAUGACUGUUUAGAAAAAGUGGCAUUGCUGGAGGAUUUUAUAGCAAUUAGUUUGCGUAAUGAAAAAUUAAAACCAGAAAUUGAAGAAAUAACUAGCAAUAUAAAUAUAAUACACCAGAGUAUGUUUGAAGUAGAAAAGCUAGUAAGAGAAAACAUUGAUGACAUGGAGGAACGGUAUCGAUUGGUAAUGAGUCGCAUGCAGCAACAACAAAUGAUAAUAAUGGAUCAUUUAAUAAAGCAAAGACAACAAAAACUACAAAAAAGAAACGAAGAGAAACAAUUGAAAUCAAUUCUUAAAGUGAACGCACAUCAUAUAAAUGAGCCAGUUGUCGCCUCAACAUCAACAAGCGCUUCAAAAAUGACGUCACAUCAUGCUUCACCACAAGUAACCAUUGAAGAGUAUAAGCGAACUCCAUCAAAUGGUCAGAAGAGCAUUCUGAAACCAAUACCAUUCAGUUUUCUGGAAUUUAGUGUGUACAUUACUCGACAACAGUUUGAAACCAUUCCAAGAUAUAUGUGUGGUCGAGAAACAUUUGAAGAAUUGAAGCAUUUUUUGGAAAAUGUCAUUAUUCCUUGUUUCAAUGAAAAGUAUGAGUUACUGCAUCGCAAAAAGGCAAAUAUACGCAAUCCGAAUGAAUUUCAAUUGUGGCAAUUGUUUAAACAGCAGACAUCAUAUGUGCCUGGGCGAAAUUUUAUAACUCCCGGCGAUAUAUCACGAAAAAUUAAUAAAAUGAUGGACAAGAAGCUGCAAAACCGCAUCAUAAUGCUUCGUCAUCUCUCCAUACUACAGGAAAUACGGGUGUCCAAUAUAGUUUGCUACAUUUGGACAGCAAAUGCUACGUAGAUUUGUGCCUAUUACUUGGAUUAUUUAGCUAAAUGGAAAAUUCUUUACUAAAUAAAUUAAAUUCUUUUUAUCUAAUUAAAAUGUAAAUGUAGAAUGUCAAAAUUUUAU